CCUAACGCUCUCCGCCAACGAGCUGGGCUGGGAUGACCUCGUGCUCGCGCUCAUGCACACGCCCGGCGAGCGGGCACGUCGCGCCAAGGAGGCGCUGGGCGCAGCGGCGUACGACCGAGCGACGCCGCCCGAGCGUGCAGCCAGCGCGCGUGCGGUGCUUGGCGCAGCCGCGUUCAUGGACGCAUCUCCAGUGCAGCGGGAUGACAGUGCGCGGCAGGCGCUGGGCGAGGCGGCGUUCCUAAGCGCAACGGCGGCCCAGCGCGAGGCUAGCGCACGGCAGGCGCUUGGCGAGGCUGCGUACAACCACGCAACAUCGGUACAGCGAGAGGCUAGCGCUCGUGAGGCGCUGAGCGAGGCGGCGUACGGCAGCGCAACGGAGGAGCAGCGGCGAGAUGCGCUGUUGGACAGCGUCAGCCGAAGCGAGAUGUACCAGCUCAUCCGCGAGAACCAGGUCACCGUGGCGCGUCACUUCAACCACCGCUUCGAGACGCUGCUCAAGGCCAUGAUCGAGUGUCCUGACUACCUGGGCGAGGUUCAGGACUUCUUCUGGCGCGUUGGAGUUCCAGUGCAGCGCAGUCGGCGCGGCUCGCCCCACAUCCACAUGCUGCUGUGGGUGCGCGGCGCGCCCAACAUAGACACCGUUGAGGGUAUGGCCGCCGCCCCUGCCUUCAUCGACCGCUACGUGUCCGCCAAGCUGCCCGACCGAGCUACCCACCCCGUGCUGCACGACCUGGUGAAGCGCUACCAGGUGCACCGCCACACCUUCACCUGCGGCGGCUUGGACGGCCCCUGUCGCUUCCUCUACGACAAGGACCCCUGCGAGGCCACGCGGCUGCGGCAGGACGGCGACCGCAGGCUGCGGCGCGGCGACACCUACAUCAUUGCCCGCGGUCAUGGUGAUGGCAGCAUCGUCCCGUACUCGCCGGCGCUGCUGUGCCUGUGGGGUGCCAACAUGGACCUGCAGUAUGUCGGCAACGCCGCCGGUGCCGCUGCCUACGUCACUGCCUACCUGACCAAGGCGGAGACCGACGGCACGCGGAAGACGGUGCAGGAGGCGGUCGCGGGCAUGCCCGAGGACGCACCGACCGCGACAGUCCUACGCCGCGCCUGCACUGCGCAGCUGAGCAAGCGCGAGUACUCCAUGCAGGAGGCGGCGUGGCUGCUCAUCGGGUCCACGCUCAACCUCCGAUGCAGCAGCCGUUCCACCGUCAAGGUGUGCGCCAGGCCCAAGGAGGACAGCCCCGGCAUCGCGGCACGCAACGCCUUCGCGGCCACUGCCGAUGGCGAGCGCCCCGUCCAGCUGGCCACCAACCAGUACGACUACUACGCGGCGCGGCCUGUGGGCUCGACCGGCGCGCUUGGCGCCGCGCGGGCACUGCGCAGACCACUUGCUGCAGCGCACGACGAGGAGGCGGACACCGCGUGCGAGGUGUGCCACAGCACCGACGCGGACGCAGGCGCCAACUUCAUGCUGCUGUGCUCCACCGCGAACUGCGCCUACGGCUACCACGGCCGCUGCCUGGCCCCCCCACUGGAGGAGGCGCCGAAAGGCCACUGGUUCUGCCCCCACUGCCACCAGCGGGCCGCCGUCGCGGCGGAUGCCGGUGCCGCGGGCGCCAUGGAGGCGGGCGCACCGGCAGUGGCGGCUGUACCGGCGGAGGCGGUGGCGGCGGCGGCAGUGCCGGCGGAGAUGGAGGCGGAGGCGGUGGUGGCGGCUGCCCGGGACCAGCCUGCUGCCCACGCGGAUGCUGCUGCCGGUGUUGGCGGCGGCACGAGCGGAGGCACGGGCAACAUCGCCGCAGCUGCCGGCCCAACGCCGCCCGCUGCCGGGGCUUCGCGUGCAGCACGCAUUGAGGCGCUCCUCGCCCACAAUGCCCACCAGGAGACUGGGCCAGAGGUGAUGCCCGGCAGCGCACUGCCUGCCAGCUGGGAGGACGUCAGCGUCUUCAUGUUCCUGUCCGACUUCAGCGUCAGCCGCGCGCAGACCAGGGACUCGGUCAUGCUCAGCGCCCCGUUCGAUGGCAGCUGCCCCCAGCAACUCCGGCUCUACGUCAAGCGCCGCCCCAUCAAGCCGGCGGUCCUGCGCUGCUACCCGCGCACGACCGCGGACAGCCACGGCGACAAGCACUACUGGGCGCAGCUGUUCCUGCACAAGCCGUGGCGGAGCGAGGCGGCGUUGACAGCAGGCUUUGGCAGCGCGCUGGACGCCUUCCGUGCCGCCAUGCGCAACCCCGCGUUCGUGUCUGCGGUGCGCCCAGGCCCCGCCGCCGACGCGCUAGAGGCGGAGGUGGAGCGACUGCGCGCGUUGGACGAGGAGGCUGGCGGCCUGGUGCUAGACCAGGUCCACGCGGAUCCCGACGCGGGGGAGGCAGCAGCACAGGAUGACACGACGGCGCUGUAUUACGACCCGGAGCUGCUGCCGGCACACGUUCGAGCCGCUGUUGACCAGGAGCUCGACGCCGAUGGCGGCGGCGGCGGCGGAGGCCAUGGUGCUGAUGGCGGCGGUGGCGGAGGCGGUGGCGAGGACGGGGGAGACGAAAGGGAGGGCGGCGCUGGUGGCGGCGACGACGGCGCCGCAGUGGCCGCACAGGCUGCUGCGGCUGCAGGGCGAGACAUGCCUGUGCUGGCGGCUGGCGCGCGCAUGACGCGCGAGGCCUACGACGCCGGCCGGCAGGCGUUGAGCCCUGAACAGCGCGCGGUGUUCACUGCAGUGUUCCGGCACGUGCACGCAACCGCGGAGGCGGCGCGCGCUGGGCAGGACCCGCCUCGUCAGCUGCUGGAGUUCGUGACUGGCGGCGGUGGCACCGGCAAGUCUUUCCUGAUCAAGCUGGUCACGGAGAUGCUGCGCCGGACGCACCUGGAGGGUAAGCCGGUCGUCCUGACCGCGCCGACCGGCGUGGCGGCCUUCAACAUCCGCGGCUCCACCAUCCACCGCGCGCUGGGCCUGCCUGUGGAGGACUGCCGAGAGUCAGGGGCAAGGCGCGUGCACUGGGAGCCGCUGUCCGCCAACCGGCUCCAGGAGCUGCGUCAGAUCUGGGCUUGUGUGCGCUACCUGAUCGUGGACGAGAUCUCCAUGGUCUCUGCUGCAACGCUGUGGCACAUCCACCGCCGCCUCGUAGAGAUCAUGGGCACGCCCGAGCACUGGCCGUUCGGCGGCAUCAACCUCAUCGUGCUGGGUGAUUUCUACCAGCUGCCGCCGGUGAAGGCCACCUUCGUCUUCGACGGGCAGGGCUCCAGCGGGCGCAGGGCCUGCGCCGACGCGCGCGACGGCGCCGCCAUGUUCUGUGAGCUGUUUCACAUGUUCGAGCUCACGCAGAACCAGCGGCAGGCAGGCGACCCGCUGUGGGCCGCUGUCCUAAACGUGCUGCGGCUCGGCGUGCGCACCGGCAGCCCGGAGGACCUGCGGGCGUGGGAGCUCGCGUGCGCCAUCGUGAAGGAGCGACUGCUGGCCUCUGUGUCCAGCGGCGCAGACGUCGAGGCGUACAACAACGCUCGCCUGAGUGAGCUCGUGAGCAGCCCGGGCGUUCUUCUGUACGACAUCACAGCUCAGGACCAGCUAGUGCCGGAGCCGGGGCAGCCGGGUGAGGACAUCCAAGCUGGCGACGUGCCCACCUCAGCCGACAUGUGCGGAGGGCUGGGUGCGCAUGUCAAGCUUGCCGUCGGCGCGCGCGUCAUGCUGCGCCGCAACGUGCACACGCUGGACGGGCUGGUCAACGGAGCGCAGGGCAGCGUCACGGGCUUCGAGUUCAGCCAGGGGGCCGUGUCUGCGGUGCUGGUGCAGUUUGACGACCCCGACGUGGGGCGCCUGGAGCGGGCGCGCGCGGCAGCGCCGCUUCUACAGCCGCUGGCGCUCUGCUGGGCGCUUACCAUCCACAAGACGCAGGGCCUGUCGCUGCAGAAGGCCGUCAUCAACCUGGGCAAGUCCGUCUUCGACGACGGCCAGGCCUACGUCGCACUCAGCCGCGUGCGCUCGCUUGCAGGCGUGGCACUGUCCAGCUUCACCAGCACCAGCCUGGAGAAGGUCAGCGCACAAAUCGGUGCCGAGUACGAGCGGCUGCGCGCCAAGUCUGCCCUCUUCCGGCAGGAGCAGGCCGCAGCAGACGCGCAGGCGGAGGCGGCGGUCGCGCCCACUGCUGCCGCCAUCGCCGCCGCCGACGAAGCUCGUGCUGCUGAUAACGCGGCGGGCGUUGGUACGGUGGCAGCGGCGGCAGGGGGUGCAGGGGUGCGCACGAUGGCGGCGUCGCUGUGGCAGUGGACGGUGGCGGUGGGAUGGCGGCGGCAGCGGCGGCGGUUGCUGUGGGUGGCGAGGCUGUGGAGGCUACUGCCGAGGUGCCUGCAGCGGCUCCGCGCACCGCGACCAGCAUCCUGCUCUCCAUCUACCAGACGCACCCAGCAGCGGCACGACUGCCACCGGCGGCAGAGGCAGCUGCCUGGGAGCGCGCGCGCGUGCGCCAAAUCAGUGCACAGGCCGAAGCCCCAGGGGCGGCUGUUGCGGACGCGGCUGAGCAGGCUGGUGCGGUGGUGCCGGCACUGGCAGCUGCUGCCGGGGCGCGUGGGAGGGCGGCACGCGGCGGCGGGCGCGGCGGCGGAGGGAGCGGCGGAGGGCGGCAAGGCGGGCGCGGCGGAGGGCGGCAAGGCGGGCGCGGCGGCGGGCACGGCGGUGGGCGCGGCGGCGGGCAAGUGACCCAGGUGGCCGGCCACAGGCGCCCGCGUGAUGAGCCUGAUGCUGGGGACGGCGGUGCGGACCAGCGGCCUGCGCGGCGCACACGCACCGGUGAUCCCGCCAUGGCUCCAGCUGCAGUGGCCGCGGCUGCGCCUGUUGCAGGAGGCAGUGGCAGGGGGCGGGGGUCGCCAGGGCAACACUCAUGUCCGGCGGGGCCGGAGGCGUGGCGCUACUGCAGGCAACAGUGGCACGCUGGCUUCCGGCACGCUGUUCCCUGGCUACAACGCCGCAGCAGUCGCAUGGGAUGAUCCGCCGUAUGACUUCACGACCUGGUCGCGGCUCCUGCUGCGCGUGCACGGAACGAAUGUGUCGCACUCGUGACUUUAUAUGCCGCUGAUCGUGGACGCGCUGCUGCCGCCGGGCGUGGCCAGGGAGGCCUUUCCGUUCCGCCGGCCCAACUACUGGGGCCAGCUGGUGCAGCUGGUACGGGCCGGCAUCAGCGCAGGGCAGCUGCAGCUCGACCACGUUUGGGAUAUCAGCGCAGCAGACCAGGAGCAGGUGCUCAGCACCUGCCUGGGCCCCAUAUCUUCCGGGAUCUGCGCCAAGAUGGCUGCCGACUACGCCAUUGGGGCGCACGUGAACAUCAAGGACCUCAUGGAGCAGGCGGCGGCGUUAGAGCAGGCGGCGGCGGUGCAGCAGGCGGCAGCUGGAGCAGGCGGUGACAUGCAGUAGUAGAGGGCCAAUGUAGAAUGGACAGCGUGACGGCGUGACGGCGGGUGAGAGGCAGGGACGAGGAUGGGCAAUGAUGGGACCAUAAGGCAGCUGGAUGCAGAAGGCAGCUGGAGAAGUCGUGUGAAGUCAGACGUGGAUUGGGGGGCACGGACACGCGGGUGCCCCAGCGAAUGUAAUGGACACGCACUUGUGCGCCGAUGCAAAGGUCCCCGGGACUCUCGGCUGCGACUAAGCAGUGACACAUCGAAUUGGCAUAUGAAUUAAAAUUGCAAAUGUGCACAAGCAAGCGAGAAUGCGCUGCAAAAUGAGAAGUUCACGCGGUGCAACGCGGCCCAUGGCCCCUCCCCCCGGUUCCCCGCUUUGUGCAGGGUUCACACGCGGCCACCAUGCGUGCCCGCACAUCCCGUUACUUCCGCCGGGGCUCAGCCCUUUUUCCAGCUGUACAAAGCUGACACCCCUUGUUUGCAGGGGUGCGUGGUGAUCAGCUAAACAUCGGUGAGCGGACGCUAUGUCCGUGCGUGGCAAUCGGCAGGGCAGGAGGUGUGGAACGUCGUGGUGAUGGUGACGCCCCAGGAACGCAGCGCAUUGAUCAGGGCCGCACGCCUGGUCCGCAGCACAGGUGUGGUGGUGGCGCCUUACCUGACGUCCGUAGGGUGUGCACUGCGCAAGGAGCAACUUGGAGCUUUCGAAGGGUUUUGAGCAGCAGGGCUGAAGCCCCCAUGGAAGGGAGGGGCGGGCAUUCGGUGCCAAGGCACCUAAUCACCUAGGCUGACGGGCUAGCAGUUGACGUAGUUGGCAUUGAGUAGUACAGUCGAACAUGCCUAACUUCGUUGCACAAAGUAAGUUUCCCGGCGUUAUAAGGGCCCACCGGCCCGGGCCACUGGUACAGGGACAGGAUAGCACGCAUGCUCGUGCACACCACCUUGUAACCAACAACAAAA